GCAUGCGUGAGACGGAGAAGUGCGUUUUAGAAUGAUUACCGUCCCGCGCGGAGAGACACAGAUUAAACUGCUGCACACAACUGUUGUUUUAAUCCGCGGCCCGAGGAGAUUUAGCGAAGAGAAAACACCGGGUUUAAACCCAGCAGCCAUAUUGUAUGGGAAAAAAGCGACGGAACGGUUGUUGUCGCCCGGGAAAAAAAGAGUGGUCUCCUCCUCAGACUCUGGAGUUUAGCGGAGUUUCAUGUUGUUUCUCAGUGGCGGAGGGUUUGUGACGGACAGCUAGCCCAGCAGCCGGCGGAGGAGUCCACGCACCGGGACUAGCUUUUCAACACGGGUUUCGUCGGCUUGGUUAGAAACGUGUUGACUCAACCAUCGGAAAGAUGAAGGACCGACUGGAGCAACUUAAAGCGACGUGUGAUCAAGAUGACGAAGAGGUGGAGAUUGCUGUGGACAACGCAGCCUUCAUGGACGAGUUCUUCUCUCAGAUCGAGGACAUUAGGGGCAGUAUUGAUAAAAUUGAUGACAACGUGGCUGAAGUCAAAAAGCUCUUCUCUGUCAUCCUUUCUGCUCCCACUUCAGAUCAGAAAACACAGGAUGAACUGGAGGCAAUCACUAAUGACAUUAAGAAGAUGGCCAACAAUGCAAGAAACAAACUCAAGACCAUCGAGAGGAAUCUGGAGUCGGAGGAGCAGGAGAGGGUCUCAGCUGACAUGCGGAUACGUAAAUCACAGCAUGCAGUGCUGUCAAGGAAGUUUGUGGAGGUAAUGACAAAGUAUAAUGAAGCCCAGGUGGACUUCAGGGAGAGGAGUAAAGGACGUAUCCAGAGGCAGCUAGAGAUCACUGGAAAAGCAACCACGGAUGAAGAACUGGAGGAGAUGCUGGAGAGUGGGAAUUCUGCUGUGUUCACUGCAGGGAUUGUGGACUCUGGGAUCUCUAAACAAGCCCUGAGUGAGAUCGAAUCCAGACACAAAGACAUCGUGCGUCUGGAAAGCAGCAUCAAGGAACUGCACGAUAUGUUUGUAGACAUUGCCAUGUUGGUUGAGAGCCAGGGUGACAUAGUAGACAACAUAGAGCAGAAUGUAUCCAAGUCAGUGGACCACAUAACAGUCGCUAAGGAGCAGACCAAAAAAGCUGUAAGGUACCAGACCAAAGCUCGCAAGGGUGGAAUGAUUGAAAGGAUUGAGAGCAACAUGGACCAAUCAGUGGGCUUUGUGGAAAGGGCUGUAGCCGACACUAAGAAAGCAGCAAAGUUUCAGCAAGAGGCUCGCCGUAAAAUGAUCAUAAUAGUGGUGGUUGUGGUGAUCUUGCUGGCCUUACUAGCUCUCAUUAUCGGGUUGUCAGUGGGACUGAAGUGAAGCUGAUGAGCUAACUGAGUAAGAGGAGAGCUAAGGAGGAUGAUGGUUAUUGGUGCCGUCUGUGCUGUGGUUGUUCUCAUCCUCCUCAUCGUCGUCCUCACACUAAAGCAGGACCUCUCUGUUGCUGCCAAUCAUCAGUUCAUUCAUCGUCACUCCAUCCUUCCCUCCAUCAGCUGACCCACCAAAGAACAGUUUGAUACUGGUCACCUCAGAUGGAUACAAUCAUAUUUCAUCCAAAGAUCAGCAGUUUAAAACUGCACCAAGAGUGGAGGAAGGCUUGAUGUGACAUUUGAAAGCUGAAAAAAAAAAGAGGACCUACAGAAACAUAACAAAAUAUUUCUGACUUUUGAAUUACUUUCAUCAUUCCCUUCCGAACCAUCCUCCCUGAAUUGUGAGGGUUUGUUUGACUCCUUCAUGCAGCUUGGACAGAUUUGAGGAAGCUCUACUGUAAAUGAGGAAACAUGACUGAUGCUGAGGUGAGGUACAAUUCCCACUGUACUAUGUACACGUAGGCGAAAAGGGAAUUGAAAAAUAACUGAUCGUAAUUCCACUAGUGUCACUAAACAUUUCAUUGUGCAGCAUUCGGUGCCAAAGAAUCAGCCUGGACGUUUUUGUCAAUCUGAGAUUUAUUAAGUCCCAGUGAGACACGCAUCACCUCCACUGUCUUCAUGUCUUUUCUUUAUGAGCCUUGACACAUUUGUGAUUGAAAAGCUUGCUACUGUAAUGGGAUUUUUGUUUUUUUGGAGGAGUUUCAGCACUUUCACAUUUCAAAAUAUGACUUAAUUUCUGUGAUUAGGCUCAGAUGAUGAUGUAAAUAAUAUAAAUGUUAUAUUUUCUGUUAUGAAUAUCUGGCCUGAAUAUGAAGCAGUUCUCUAAACUUGAAGAGGAUCGGUGUGCGGACUUAUGAUUCUUCAGUUUUAUAGAGCACGUUGGUUUUAAUGUUAAAUUUGUGAAGGAUGAUGCUUAUGGAAACACAUUUCAUGGCUGGGCAGAGCUAAGAUUAGCAAAGAAGGAAAAGGGCUAGCAGCAUAAACAUGCACUCCUUGCUUGAAUAUUUAUCUGAACACUGUAGCACUAUUACAUAUGAAGGCAUGAUUGUCUCGUCUGUAAAAACAUGACGUUUUAAUGCCACAUUAUGUAAAGAGACACUGCUAAUUACACAAGUGGCUUAUUUGCCAGAAGAGCCAAAAUAGUUUUUGUAUUUAUUAUACGUUUUGAUGAAGUGUUGCUAAUAAAGUCACACAGGAUGAAGUGUAAAUGGAAAUUUUAACUUGCAGUAUUGUGUCAGUGGCAGGUGGCUGUGAAACCACUGUGAGAUGCAUUUUCUGCCAUGUUUUAGGUCUCAUAAUAUUUCUACUAUAAACUUACAACUCGGUUUAUAAGGUACAGCAAUAAUCUAAUACGACAGCCCUGGUUGUUAUACUUUGUGAUGUUGGUUAAACUUAGUCAACAUGUUGGAGGUUGUAGUUUGUGGUGCUGUUGAACUGUAUUGCUUUAUAGGGAAGAGAUGAGUCUGCCCUCACUUAUAUAACUAUAAAGACGUAUAAUUCAACAAACCCACUAAGUGCAAAAUCCCAAAACUUUCAUAUUUGCAUGUUUUUUCCAGUUUCAGUCCAUGUUUUCUGAGAAGUCAAUGACUGGAUUAAGUAUACAUGUUUAGCAAAUUAGUGGAGGAUUUCCAGCCGGGCUGUCGUACAAGACUGAUUUAGCUGUAGCUCCAUGUUAUAAAUUUGCAGUUGAGUUCUAUUCUGGUUGGUCAUCACCAUUUCAUUAGCUCAUUUUUGGUGGAGAGAACAUGUCAAACUUUCAAUUUACUGAACCACAGUGUACAUAUGGUCAUUCUGUAUCUUAAUAGGGUAGUUAAAGCAGCUUAUUAAAUACUGUAUUAUACACUGGUUAUAUCAGCCAUCAAAGGUUUUUCAGUGCAACAACAAUGAAGUUACCACAAGAGACACAGUCACUCAGUGAAAUCCUUCAAACGGAGCCUGGGUGAUGCUUUUCAUUCAGCUUGUGAAGGAAACACUUGACAAUGAGAGGCCACCAGCUUGAUCUGUACACCAGUGCAGUCUGCUCUGUUUGGCUUCUGUCCACAACCUUUCAAUCCUAAUGCUUCUAUUCAAGGGUUUUUCUUCAGCACAGGCUGCAGGAAGAGCUCAGCCGAAACUGUUGGAGUCUGUUUUUAACUUAAAUGCCAAUGAUUUUAAUGGUGAUUAAAGAUUUUAUGUUUUUUAA